AUGCCUUCCUCGGCGCAUCAGUCCCUUCACGGACUGAGCGUCGAGAACUCGUGGUUCGCAGUGCAUCCAGUCUUCUGGACAUCUCAGCACCUCGAUCUCCUGGGGAUUCGCUUCGUGCACAUCGAUGGUCCUCGACACGCAGUACAACCUCGCCGAGAGAACGCUGUGAAGCUUGACCCAGUCAAGGUUAUUUUCCAUAUCAUGCGCUUUGCCUCGGUUCCGGAACCUGAAGACAAGCUUAAGUCGGCCUUUUAUCUUCUUUGUGUCCCAGGAAGCCCCCUGAGGCCCAGGUCCAAGCCGACUUCCACCCGAGCGCAGGCCCCGGUAGUUGGGUUCACUUACUACCGGGCCUUCAACUGGGAGCGUGACAGGCGCUACACUCCACGAAAGCACCCCAAGGCCAGAUAUGGUAAAACCAACGGCCCAGUCGAGGAGAUUUGCAAGAUUCUCUUGCGGAAGGUUAACCCACAGAAAUGGGAGGAGGACCCUUACAUCGUCUGUCUUCUGUUGUCGCUCGCACAAGCGCAGGCAAUCAAACAGAAGAGAGAAAAAGAAAAGCCGGACACUUUCCCUGUGCGACUCCUCGUGGCUGUCGACGGAGACACGGAAUUCGCCCACGUCUUCCAGGCUGAGAUUGACGCGCAUAUUCUCAAAGCACUCGACAAGCCGACAUUCGGUUUCAAUGGAGUCACAUGGCCGACCAUUACUCACUCGAAGGUGGCUUACGGCCCUUACCCGAGUUUUCCGGAUCGCCUCCUGGCGGAGGUGCUUGAGUCUUAG